AAUAAUUUCUCUCCGAUUGCUUUAAUCCAUCCCUCCCAAUUUUGUGGUCGACAGGGAUACGAUUACUCGUCUGGAGUGUGGCAAUUCAAAGGGCAAGGGUUCGUUCCAGGUGGCACCUCUGGUGUUUGCAUAAUGCAAGUAUUUGGAGCAAGUGGCCAUGCUACGACUCUAAUGCUUCGAGUAUAUGGCGAUAACCUAGCCGUCUACAGAUCCAAAAUCCUUUCCAACAUCCACAACAGAUGGUUUAGGUUGAACGUAUUUCACGACGUGGAUGAUAGCAAAGUUAUGGUCUACAUUGACGGAUCUCUUGUAUAUAAAGGAGUAGAUCACGGCGGCAAGUCUCAUUACUUCAAGUUUGGAGUCUAUGCUCAGGACGACGAUUCUCAUCUCAUGGAGUCUCGUUGGAAAGGAAUCAAGAUAUUCAAGAAGAAGAAGUAA